CAUUUUUGCCAUUUGCCGGCGUUGGUCACACUGGGAACGACGCUGAGACGACGUCGGAGUUUUGGACGAAUGAAAUAAUGCUGAAAUUGAAAGCAGCAGCCGAAAAACAAUUGCAAUGUGUGCAAAUGCAAGCAAUCAAUAUGUGUUUAUUAACAAAGUGCGUGUGUUAAGCAAAAAGUGCGAUCUGUAGGCAUAGCAGUGCAAUCGCAACAAGGCAAGAGAGAGCGCCAGUGCCCACAGCCAAGCACACACACACACACAGACACACACACACUCACCCGCACACAGCACACACACACUGAACAUGGAAUCGUCCAUUAAGCUUAAGGAGUGCAACAACUCGAACGGUAAUCCAAAUCAGAGCCUCAAUCAGAGCCAACUGUGCAAUGGGAACAGCAACUGCACCACCAACUCCACCGGCAACGGUGGUGGCGUGACCGUUAGCAUUUGCAGCAGCGACAGCUUUAGCAGCAUGAUGCCACCGCCCGCAACGACGCGCGACCACGAGCUGGUCAGCGCGAACAGCAUCGAGCUGAAUGCGGCCGCCUCGCUGAGCGAUGACAGCGGCGUCCCAUUGACCACCAACAGCUCCAUAUCCAGCGGCGACUCGUAUCGCAUUGGCAUGUGCAAGUUCGAGAUCGAGAUGGUGGAGAGCGACGGCGAGGUGUCGCAGUUCGAUUCGCUGGACAACUGCUCGGAGGGCGGCAUGAGCGCGGAGAACUUCAAUACGCUUAAGAAGGGGCCGCUGGCGCCGAUCGAUCCGCCGCCCGAGUUCCAGGACUCGCCGCAAACGACGCUCGUGCGCUCCAUCUCGAAGAACAUUGUGAACAGCCUGCGCCGCUGGACCUCGUCUCAGUCGUCGUUCGAGCAUCUCAAGGACGACGUCACCAUGGUCAGCGCUGCGGUGGCCAGCGGGGCCACAGGUGCCAACCAGGAGCUGGUCCUGCUGCUGGCCAAACCGGCGCUGGAUGUCAGCGGCACCAGCAGCAGCAGCAGCUGCAAGCUAUCCGGCAGCGAUGCGACCUCUGCUGCCGCAACUGCGGCGGCGGCGGCGGCUGCUGCCGCUGCUGUUGCGGCCAGCCACUCGAGCCAGCAGUGCGCUGCGCUGUGCCAGGAGCGCACGCUCAAGGAGUCGUAUGCCAUCAACAAGCACCUCUACUCCAGCGACUCCAUACUGAACAGCCACACGGACAACAUAUACGACGAACCAAAUAAUAUUAUUAGCAGCUCGCUGGGCAACAGCAUCGAUCUGCUCGACGACGACGAGGACGAUGAGAACGACAAUGAUGAGGAUGAUGCUGAUGCGGACGACGACGAUGUCGAGGCUGCCUCGGAGCAGAGCAGCUGCUCGCCCUCGCUGCCAUCGCCACCGCCGCCCGUCUCGAUAAUCAAAAUCAAGCAGACGCUGUGCCCCUACUACCAGGAUCACACGCGCUACUUCAAGGCCAUUCCAACAGAGCAGGACAGCAUUGCCAGCGCGAAGGCGGCGGCGGCAGCAGCUGCGGCUGUGGCCCAGCAGCGCUUCAACAGCGCCGGCCUCUCCGAAAUACACGACUACGAUCUGUACUACGGGGCGCGCGGCAGGCAGUCGGCGGCGCUGCAGCCGCCGGGGGACAACGGCAGCAGCAGUCUGCAGCGGCGGCAGCUGCUGUACAGCCCGCUGGGCCACACAAGCCACUGUCACUACCACUCGCACCACCACCACCACCAUCACGGCCACCACCAUCACCAGCAGCACCACGGCCAGCGGCCGAACUCUCGCAACUCGCUGAACAGCCGGCUUAGCAGCUCGCACAACUCGCUGAACGUGUCGUCGGCGAACAAGCCGGACGACUCGAUCUUCAUAACGCAGGCGAUGUCGCACGAUGCGCUGUUCACGCGCGAGAUCUCCGACUUCUACAACGUGCCCAUCGACUCGGACAUCUAUGCCUUUCCCGUCGACAUGAUCGAGCAGCAGCUGGAGAAGCAGCAGCUCGAGCAGCAGCAACUGGAGAAGCAGCAGCAGCCGCUGGAAAAACCACAGCAGAGCGUGGCGUACCACAAGGCCUCGAGCAGGCGCAACAAGCGGAACAAGCGCAAGCAGCGCUACGCGGCGGCAGCUGCAGCAGCAGCAGCAGCGGCGGCGGCAGCGGGGUCGACUACGGUGGUGGAGACGAGCGACGAUGGUGGCGACAAGUCGGGCAAGCAUGGCAAAUAUCGCACGCCGGUGGUGCAGAGUGGCGAGGCGGAGCCGCUGCACAUGACGCUCGACGAAGUGAAGCAGUUCUAUCAUACGCUGUACUCCGACGCGGGCAAAUCCUCGUGGUGUGGUGCGAGUGGUGCAGCUGGCAAUAAAAUGCUCGGCACUGCCGCAGCUGGCGUCGGCAGCAAAGCGCUGGGCGUCAAGUCGAGCAACGAGACCAUCUGGAGCAUGUCGACGAACACCACCAACACGACGAACACAACGACGACGACGGCGCGCACGCGCAGCAGUGCGGGCACCACGCGGGCGAGCGGCGGCGGUGCUGCGAGCAGCGACACCACCGCCAAGUAUCUGAGCAAGCAGAGCAAGCACAACAUCGACAAUGAUAAGCUGAACAACAACAACAACAACAACAACAGCAGCAGCAACAAUUAUGCACAGCAGCAGCAGCUACCGUCGGCGGCAGCAGCAGCAGCCGCUGGCAGCACCACGCAGCUGCCCAACUCCUCAGAGAAGCUGCUGGCCGAGCAGCAGCAGCCGAACAACAACAAGCAUCUGCUGCAGUCGGAGAAGAAGUCGCAGUUCUCGCUGAAUCUGAAGCAAAAGUUCUGCAGCAUCUUUCGCUUUCGACGCAGCAAUCACAGUCGUUGUCGGAGCUCCAAUGCGUCGGUGGCGGCAGCAGCAGCCGCCUCAGCGGGUGCCGCCACUGCCACAGCUGCCGCUGUCAGUGCCACAGCGGCCACGACAGAUGCCGCCGAUGCGGAGGAGGCUAAUAAUCAGUGUCUCAGCCGCAGCGAGCCCAGCGCCGAUCUGCGCAAAAAGUUUCAAUCGCGCGCUUUGCCGCCGCUGCCACGAAAAGCUUAUGCCAUUGAUGCCGCCGAAGCGGAGCCGGAGGAGCAGAAGAAGAGCGCCGGAGCGCAAGAGCCGCGUGCACUGCAGUUUACCUCAAGCAUUGAGAAAGUCAAAGACUAUGGCUGGUACUGGGGUCCACUGUCCAGCGAGGCCGCCGAGAAGGUGCUUUCCAACGAGCCGGACGGCUCGUUCAUAGUGCGCGACAGCUCCGAUGAUCAUUAUAUAUUCUCGUUGAGCUUCAAGCUAAACAACUGCGUGCGCCAUGUGCGCAUCGAACAGGAUCAGGGCACAUUCUCGUUUGGCUCGUACGCCAAGUUCAAAUCACAAACUAUAACCGAGUUCAUUGAGAAGGCAGUCGAGCAUUCGCGCAGUGGCAGAUAUUUGUUCUUUCUGCAUCGUCGGCCGGAGCAUGGACCAAUGCGUGUGCAAUUAACCAAUCCAGUAUCUAGGUUUAAGCAUGUACAAAGCUUGCAGCAUAUGUGCAGAUUUGUUAUACUAAAGGCGGUUAUACGAAAGGAUCUAAUACAGACAUUGCCAUUACCAAGAAGACUUCUAGACUAUCUUAACUAUAAGCAUUGCUACUCCGAGCAGGUGGAGAGCGACAGUUCGCACUCGCAGAUAUCUGGCGAUGGCUCUAUGUAAAAUUAAUCAAGGCGAAUGCCGGCAAAGAAAUUGAACGAAUGCGAAAGCAACAGAAAUUAUUACAUUAUAUAAGUAGUAGAAUUUAACAAACAAAACAAGUAAAUGAUAAAAUCAAGGCAAGAGCGAAGGCAUUUAAAAACACGAAACACAUAAGAGCAACGGCAACAUAAACAAUUGUUGAUAAAAGGAUGCAAGGAAGAAGAAGAAGAAGAAGAAAUUCAAAACUCUGUUUAUUGAUCAUUUUUGUACUCGGUGCUAUACUAUAAAUAUUAACUAAUUAAUGACAAAGCAAAAGCGAAACAAAACAUAAAACAAAAACAUAUAUUAAUUAUUAUUAUUAAUGAUUAUGCGUAGUCAAGUAAAACAAGAACAACAAAACACCAACAAUAACGACAACAACAACAACAACAACAUCAAUAGCAACAACAGCAACACACAAACAAUGUAUAUACUUAUGCAUAACUAGAAUCGAUAAUAGAUAACAAAUAAUAAUAAUAAUAAUUUACACAGCCAGCUGCAAACUUUGAGCACGAUGAAUUUGGCGAGCGCGUUGAAUUCUCGAUUUCUAGAUUAUUGUAUAAAACUUAAAUGCUUGCCUUUUAGCUGUGAUUCUUAGCUUUUGCCACCCGUACAUCUAUAUAUACAUAUAUAUAUAAAUAUCUAUGUAUUUGUUUUUAUAAGUUUGGCAUAAGAUGUUUAUUCAGAGCUAUGCUUUCUUACCGAUUCAAAAAAAUUCAAACUGUAAAUUUGCUCAAGUGCUGAAGCUCAAUGCAAUAAUAUCGUUUAGGAACUUGAGAUAUGACCCACAAGGGUUGCGACAUUGUUGUAUUUAAAGCCUUAGAAGCAAGUUGAAGUUAAAAUGUUAAGCGAGAUGAAUUUAAGGUCUGACACUUGGAUGAAAUGAAAUACUCGACAAUUGCUCAAACGGAACCAAUGUUAAUAUGUAUAUUUAUGAUUUUUAAUUUAUUGUUUUGUAUCCCUGUUUUUCAUAGCCUUAAUUAAUUAAUUUGCUAAGCUUGUGUCGCUCUCAGCAUCGUGCCCAGAGUGCAGCAAGACCCAAAAAAAAAAAAAAAAAAAAAAAAAGAAAAGCAGAAGGAAAAGUAAACGAAACGAAAUGUAACGAGAAAUAUGAAAGUAUGUCAUAUAUUAUAUAGAUCAAUGUAAACAUCUGAAUAAUGUUGAUUGUAAUUGAUAAUGUAAUGAUUAAUGUAUCUGUAUCAUUAGUAUAUAUAUUUAUUAUUAUGAAUUAGUUGAGCAAUUGCGGGCUCCAAAUGCAAUAUGUACAUUUAUUUAAUUGAUUGUUAACCAGAUUUGUUUUCCUUUUUGUACUUAUUCGUUAUUUAUGUUUAAAGCUCAGUUCUAUAAGUAUUCAAUCAUAUAUAUAUUUACUUACUGUACAUCUCCUUUUUAUAUUUUUCUACUGUAUAUUAUUUGUUUUUAAUUUUAUUGAACUACACCUUGUAUAUAUUUAUUUUAAACAUGCAAAAACAAUCCGAUUUAAAGCUGUUGUUUUUUGGUUUAUGCUCUUUCUUCGAACUUACAACAAUGCAGCGAAUACAAUAAACACUUGCAAUUACACUGUGCAACAAAGUUUCUCACCACAAAUAACAAAUAGCAAAAGCUUUCAAUUAGAAAUUUCAUUUGAGAAUACGAAUCGAACGUUUUUUCUUUCUGUUUUCUGUUAAAAAUUAAAGCCUGUCGCAUAGUGUUAAUUGUUUAUUAAAAUGUAAUAAGCAGGACAUCAUUUAAAAAAUACAAAAAAAAUAAAAAAGAAGAAAAAAAAAACACCAAAAAAGACCAGCGAAAUGAAAGCAAGAAACAUGAGCAAUGGAAAGGCAAUAUAACAAAUUUUUAAUAAUAAAAAUUAAACGAAAUUGUU